AUGCGUAAUGUGCUCCGCGGCCGCUCUCGCUGCUCCCCUCUUUCUCUCUCUUCGCUCUCUCUCUCUUCCCAACCCUGCUCGCUUUCUCUCUCUUCCCCACCUUGUUUCUCUCUCUCUACACAUACCCACAUCCCUUGCAGGGCCUUCACUAAACCAGAAGCUCCAUCGCCAUGGCCACUUCUUCUUCAAGCUUGUUUCGAAGCCAGUGCCUGUCUUCCGGCCAAAUCCAUCCAUUGCCGCUUCAUAGUGAGCGGCUCUGCCAUACCCCACUUCUCAGUAAGAUAUCUCUUGCUCAUCUACAGUGAGCUUGGAUCUGUUUCAGAAGCUACCCAUGUCUUUAACAGCAUUUCUAGGGUUUCUGCGACCUCCCUGAAUGCCCUUCUCUCUCUCUACUCCAAGCUUGGCAUGUCAAAAGAAGCCCGCCAAUUUUUUGAGAAAUACCCAUAUCAUAGAAACACCAUUACCUGGAACUUGAUGCUCAAAUCUUACAAAGGAGACCAUACGAUUCACAAUGCUAGAGAUUUGUUCAAUGGAAUGCCUCACAGAGAUGUUGUAUCAUGGAACACCAUGCUUGCUAUUUAUCAUCAAUAUGGUGAUCCAAACAUGGUCUCAAUACUCUUUGUAGAGAUGCGGAGAGCCGGUUUUAGACCAACUGAAUUCACCUUCUCUACUGUGAUUAGUUCAAUUCGUUCAAAUGGGUCUUUUCUGAACUUGGUUUUGCAGCUUCAUUGCUCUGUAAUUUGCAGUGGGUUUGAGCCCAAUUUGUUCAUUGGGUCUUCUCUGAUCAAGGCAUACUGUGGUUCUGGGGAUUUUGUAGGGGCUCGAAACGUGUUUGACGAAAUUCCUCAUAGAAAUUCAGCAUUUUGGAAUGCCAUGAUCUUUGGUUACCUCUGCAACAAAAUGUUUCAUCCUGCUCGCCUUCUAUUUGACAGAAUGCCCCAGGAGAUGAGGAGCGUGUUUUCAUGGACUGCUAUGAUCAGUGGGCUCGAGCAAAGUGGGCAAUUUGAAGCAGCAUUGUGUUUGUUUCAUCAAAUGCUCGAAGAGAGAGAAGCAACAGGCAUCCAACCAAACCCAUGCACUUAUUCUAGUGUUCUUAGUGCCUGUGCUGGUUGUUGCUCUCUCUUAACCGGUAAAAAGCUUCACGCCAUGGUUUUAAGGUAUUGUGAUCCCAUUGAUAUUGUCCUUUCUAGCUCACUAAUUGAUAUGUACUCAAAAUGUGGGUGCAUGGCCAGUGCAUCACACGUCUUCAAUUCGAUGAGAGAGAAGAAUUUGGUCUCCUGGAACGCAAUAAUAGGAGGCUAUGCAAACCAUGGGGAUGGCUCCAAAGCCUUAGAAUUGUUCAGAGAGAUGCAAAUUGAAGGGAUUAAACCUGAUCAUGUUACCUUAAUUGCAGUGCUAUCAAGUUGUAGACAUGUAGGCUUAGUAGAAGAUGGCAUAAGAUACUUUGAAGAGAUGGAAUCAGUUCACAAAAUUAAAGCAAGGAUUGAGCAUUAUGGGUGCAUGGUCGAUCUUUUGGGGCGAGCUGGGAGGCUUAAAGAGGUGGAGAAGAUGAUUACAGAUAUGCCAUUUGAGGCUGAUAUACCGAUUUUGGGUGCUUUUCUUGGAGCUUGUUGUGUGCACUCUAACAUGGAACUUGGGGUUUAUGCAGCUGAGAAGUUGUUUGAAUUGGCGCCUCACCAUCCUGCUAUAUAUCUCAUGUUGUCUAAGGUUUAUGCUAGGCUUGGAAAGUGGGUUGAAGUUGGUAGGUUGAGAGAGGUUAUGAGAGAGAUAGGGGCAAUGAAGAACCCUGGAUGCAGCUGGAUUGAAACCAACGGUACGAAAGAAUGGACCCGUAGGGCCUCGAAGGCUCAGCCUGACAUGGGCCAGGUUUGAGGCCCUUCAUAGAGCCUUGUUGUGCUUGGCGAGGCUGGGCUGGGCCGAGCUGUUAGUCUAACGAACUGGGUUUUAGUACCAAGGCCCAAUGGGCCCUUAUGAUAUACCUUUUUGGUCCAAUGUAGCACAAAUGGGGAAGGCCUGGCCUGAUGUGGCCCUGGUUUGAACUCCUUCAUGGGACCUGGCUUGACCUAGCCUGAAUAUAAGCCUCGAUAGCUUGAGUUAACCCGUGUGUACCAAGGCCUGGCCCUCGUUCACCCCUGUCGACAAUGGGUGGCUAAUGGUAAAUGUAGCAAACUGAACAGAAAAAUACAUGUACCAUGAUGUACAGUCCCAAAAUUUUUGGAUUUUAAUCUCUUUCUCCGCCGGAACCCGAAAGGAGAACUUGGAAAUGCUGGAACAAAAAAGGAGAACUUAGAAAUUCCAAGAAAGAAAGAAGUGGGCAAGCAUACUGUAUCAUGAAAAUGAUCUUUCCUUCAAACCACUGAUCCGCCUUGUCCUUUUCAUGUCACUCCAUCAUGCAACUUAUAAUGUAUGUUUUCUAGAAACAUUUUUUUUUGACAAUAAAA